UCUGUUCGCUCUCAAUAUCUCUACACUCUCUCUCUCUCUCUGUCUCUCUUCAAUCACAUGAUCUGAGUCGUCGUUCCGUUUUGAUUUCUGUCGCAGCUUUUGACUCUACCGCAGCAGACAAGAAAGAGAGGGAAGCUCUCAAUACCUUCUUCUGUCUGUCGUGACUUGCUUCUUUCCAUUUUUUUUUUCUUGUUUCUCCCUCUGUUUGUUUCCUUUCAAUUUCUUCUUAUAAAUUUCUGUUGAGAUGGAGAAAUGGGAGAAGCCGCUUCGUGAAGACAGAUAUCGACACUCGAAGGCAAACCCAUCUUUCUCUUCAACCCUUCUUGACGUUAUCUACCGUUCGAUCGACGACGCAGGAGAAGAAGAACCGGUCCUCUACAGGGAGACCAUGAGAAAGAAACAGAGUAGUAGUAUUCGAGGAAGCAGCGUUUUACCAGAGGAAGAGAUGGCAAAUCUUCGACGAGCUUGCCUGAUCGAGCAAUGGAUGGAGAAGAAAGUAACUGAGAAGAUCGUAGUCCGUCGGAAGUCGUCGGUUCCGGAUUUUGAUUUCAACCCACCAAAACUACGGAACGAUCGAAAUUCUUCGUUGUUAAAUUCAACUUCAAGCUCUUCAGAUUCCAGCUGUGGAGGUGGGUUUUCUUCUUCUGAAGCCGAAUCAGUUUACUGCUCGAGGUCAAGAUCCUCGGGUUUGAAACCGGUUCGAACUGCGGUUCCCGUUCGAUCGGAGAAGCCUCCACGCCAAGAAUAUCAGCAGAGGAAGUUCAACGAUUUUGAUGCUCAUUACCAGGAGAGAAGCAACUCUGUGCCUCAGCAGAAGCCGAAGCACGAAAGUGGUUUCACAAAGACAAAAUCAAGAGCUUUAAAGAUCUACGGCGAUCUAAAGAAGGCAAAACAGCCCAUUUCCCCUGGCGGUCGGCUGGCCAGCUUUCUCAAUUCUCUGUUCACAGCAGGUAAUCCGAAGAAAGCAAAGAUCUCUUCUUCUUCUUCAGUUGGAGGUGGUGACGAUGAGAGGAAAUCAAAAUCGGCGCAGGCAUCGACAUGCUCGUCUGCGUCCUCGUUCUCGAGAUCCUGUUUGAGCAAAACCCCAUCUUCGAGAGGGAAAUUGAGCAAUGGCAUGAAGAGGUCCGUACGGUUCUACCCUGUUAGUGUAAUUGUCGAUGAGGAUUGUCGACCCUGUGGACAGAAACGUCUAUACGAAGACAAGUCCAAUCUGAUGGCUGUAACAGCGGUUAGGAAGAUUGGAGAAGCUCCGUUGCGCAACGAAGAACUCAAAUUACAUCUCCUGGAGAAGAACAGACGUGUAGAAGAAGCCGCACGAGAUCUUCUUAAAGGUUAUCAGAAGAAGUGUGACUUCGACAUGAGAGAUCUUCACGACGACGACGACGACAACGAAGAAGAAGACGAUGAUGAUGAUGCGGCGAGCUAUUCAAGCUCUGAUCUUUUCGAACUCGAUAACCUUUCGGCGAUUGGGAUCGAACGGUAUCACGAAGAGUUGCCGGUGUAUGAAACAACUCAUCUCGAUACGAAUCGCGCCAUUGCUAAUGGCUUGAUACUGUAGUUGUUAGAGAGGG